AUGUCAGCUAACGCUUCCUUUCAUGACAAGGGAACUUGCUAGCUAAUAAUAGUAAUUCUCUUUACCUAGCUAACGUAAUCCUUGCUCUUGUUUACUGAGCUUAGUGGGCAAUGAUGCAAGCUAGCUACCUUGACAGUUUUCCUAAACCGUAACACGUUAUUGACGUUAUGUGAUUAAUCAGUUUACCGGUACAGUCCGACAAGUUUGACCCCAGCUUUUUUACGGUUGGUCAGAACAUUUGGACGGUUGGUUGGGAAUGAGACGUUUGCUGAGCUGGGUCAUUAAUGCCCCUAAAAUAAUCCGGACCACGCGGCUGGCCGUCUCCCCGAUUAAGUUAAAAAACACAUCUCUUCUGCUGUGCACCUCGUCUUUCCAGGGAGACAGCAUUUGCAAUGGGACCCAUAACAAAAAGGCGUUACUGUCAGAUCCUCAGUUGUUUGAAGCCCAGUUUGAGGAGCUGGUGAAGGAUCUUUCAGAGAGGGACCUCACCGAUCCUGCGCUUGUUGAUGCUCUGAGCAGGUUGAGAGAGGUUUUGGUGUACAAUUCCCCUGGAGGCAAGAGGAACCGAGGCCUGUCUGUGAUUGGCUCACUGAGGGAGCUUCUCCCACCCAAUCAGCUCACACAGGACACAGUGCAGCGGGCUCUCAUGGUUGGCUGGUGCAUUGAGUUGCUUCAGGCAUUUUUCCUCGUGGCAGAUGAUAUCAUGGAUGCAUCUGUGACUCGGAGAGGACAGCCCUGCUGGUACAAGAAGGAUGGAAUAGGUCUGGAUGCCAUCAAUGAUUCAUUUCUCUUAGAAGGGUCAAUCUACAGACUGCUUCGCAGACAUUGCAGGGAUCAGCCCUAUUACGUCCACCUACUGGAGCUAUUUACUGAGACAUCUUUCCAGACCGAGCUCGGCCAAGCUCUGGACCUCAUGACGGCUCCCCCUGGUCAGAUUGACCUCAACAGAUUCACCAUGGAGAGGUAUAAAGCUAUUGUGAAGUACAAGACUGCCUUUUACUCUUUUUACCUCCCAGUGGCAGCUGCAAUGUACAUGGCAGGAAUCGAGAGUGAAGAGGAACACAAUAAUGCCAAACACAUCUUACUUGAGAUGGGAGAGUUCUUUCAAAUACAGGAUGACUACUUAGACUGUUACGGAGACCCUGCUGUGACAGGAAAGAUUGGUACAGACAUCCAGGAUAACAAAUGCAGCUGGCUGGUAGUGACAGCCCUGGAAAUCAUGACUCCUGAGCAGAGAGCAGAGCUGGAGGCAUGUUACGCACGCCAUGAUGAUGCCAGUGUGGAAAAGGUCAAAACCUUGUACAACACCCUGCAAAUGCCAACACUGUACCACAGAUAUGAAGAUGAGAGCUACCAGCGGCUACAGAAACUCAUCGCUUGUCACGCUCAAAACCUUCCUCACUCAGUCUUCCUCAACUUUGCCAAGAAAAUAUACAAGAGGAACAAGUGAGAGGGAACGGUGGUCAUAAACAGCGUCAGGUGCAUCAGCAUGGUUCCCUUUUGACAUUUAUCCUGACGCACAGAUCAAGUCCUUUCUCGUUUUAAAGAGGGUUUGCCAGAAACAAGGCUCUCGCUCCCAACAGUGUGACCCGAAUAGGACUGAUAUUUAGAAAUCCUGUUUUUAACUUUGCAAUGAUUUGUAGAUAUUUGGUUGUGAAUGUCAUCAAACAGCCUGUCUCAUUUGCUCCAUGUUAUCUAUUUAUUGAACCCAGGGCCUAAUGUACACUGUCUCCAGUCAUUUCUCCACUGAAGAAUCCCGUGGAUAUGAGAACAACUGAAAUGAAUCACACGUGGACUGGUCUAGCUUUCAUAUUUGUCUGCCCUGGGGAGUCCACGGCAGGAUGAAGGGACAAAUCAAAUCAGAUAGUCAAAUAGUUUUGAUUUUGUAGGAAUAGAUGUAUUGAUUGAUUAGGGACUAAAAGGGACAGUACAUAUAUGACAGUAGAUGUACCCCUAUAGAGGACAGAGGGUCAAUAUGUAUAUAUUUUUAUAUUGCUAUAAAGUUUACUGGCCUGAAUGUUAUUGGUUUUAAUAAAUAAUAUAUGACCAGUAUUUUUUAUUUCAUCCUUUUCAUGUUUUUCUGUGUGUUGGCUGUAGAGCAGAAACUAUUAGUUGAUUAAAAUAGACAAAAAAUAAACUAUUCUGACAAUCAA